AUGAAGAAACGUUAUGUGGACGCUACCAGGCUCCGGAAAAUGAGAAAGGCGAAAAUAUCCGAGAGGAUUUCUGAAAGUGCGUACACAUUUCUGAAGUUUGUGAUGGUGUGGAUCCUGGUCCUCUUGGCAGACUUUAUUCUGGAGUUCAGGUGCGAGUACCUGUGGCCCUGCUGGCUGUUUCUGGGCAGCGUGUACAGCACCUUCCACUGCCACGGUCUGGUGAUAUGCGUGGUGUUUGUGUGCGCCGCGUUCACGCUGGAUGUUUUCUGUCUCAUCUUCGUCCCGCUGCACUGGCUGUUCCUCGCAGCGAGCACCUAUGUGCUGUUCAACUACAUCUGGCACACAGAGAAAGGGCUGUGCCUGUCCACGGUGUCUCUCUGGAUCCUGCUGGUGUACACUGAGGCUCUGCUCAGGUUCAAGGACCUGAGGAACUCCCACGCCAAUCUGUCCCACCUCUUCGCUGCUCACUGGUUGGAGGUGGAGGUGCGCAGGCUGAGGGCGGAGCUGCAGUCCAGCAGGCAGUCAGAGCAGGAACUGCGCAGCCACGCCUGCAACCUGACCAACAGCGAGAGGAGCCUGCGGCCGGAGGCCUCGCUGCUGCGGCAGGCUAACGAGCUACUGCAGAACAAAAUCCUGUGUGUGAUGAAGAGUAAGCAGAAGGACAAGCACGCGUGCGCUCUCCUGGAGAGGAAGGUCCGGGCGGAGAUGGAGACGCGCGCGGCGGUGGAGAGGCAGCUCGUCGAGCUCCAGGACGAGGCCCCGGCCCUGCCCCACACCGCCCUGCUCUCCGCUAACAAGCAGGAGCAGACAGAGACGCAGGCGUUAAAGAGGAAAGCUAAAGAACUAGAGACAGAGUUCAAACAUCUGCAGCUGGAGAUGCAGAGGAAAGAGGGUCAGACAGUAGCUCUAGAGAAUGAAGUGGAGGUGCUGCGGAAACACAAGGGGGCGGUUCAGGAGGCGGAGCUCCUGCUGUCCGCCCUAUCAGCUCUUCAGGAUAAGACUCAGCACCUGGAGUACAACCUGAGUGCCGAGACGCGCAUCAAACUGGACCUGUUCUCCGCUCUGGGCCACGCCCGCCGCCAGCUCCAGCUCGCUCAAGGUAAGAUGCUGAAGCAGGAUCAGGAGAUCGGGGAGAUGAAGCAGAAGAUGGCGGAGGUGAUGGCGGUGAUGCCCUGCAGCGCCCCUCCCCCGAUCGUCCCGCCGUACCUCACCAAGUUCCUGAGCGCCGACGGCUACCGCCUGGAGCCCGGGGCGCUGGUGUACCAGUGUCUGAAGAAGUAA